AAAGCUUUUCUCUAGACUUCCUGCCCUCUGGAUCUGCUGCUGUUCCUUUGGCCUCUCUGAGAAACGCGCUCGUUUUGCUGCUUUCAUCAGAUUGAAGAGGUUCCCUCUAUCAGACUCGCUCAUCUGAGUUGGUCAUGAUGCAGGAUCGCUGCUCGCUCUCUCAUCCAUCCUGCUCACACUCUCCGACGGAAAAGCCCCGAAUCUGAAUGUGACUCUGGAGGGAAAAGCGGUUAGCUCUACUCCGUGAACUCUGCUGUUAGCUAAACACGGCUAAAGAAAACCUGCUACCACUUCAGGAUCAUCCAUCAGCUGGGACUGAUUCAUCGUGUGUUCUUCACCACCUGGACCUGGACAGCAUGGACACAGCUGUUAGCUAAACACGGCUAAAGAAAACCUGCUACCACUUCAGGAUCAUCCAUCAGCUGGGACUGAUUCAUUGUGUGUUCUUCACCACCUGGACCUGGACAGCAUGGACACAGGUGGCGCUAGUGCACCUUUACGCUGGUCACCGACCACCUGAAGAAGCAGGAACCGGAAGCUGCUAGCAGAGCUAGCUUGUUGUUCUGGUGUGUGAGGAGAACAUUUGAGACUGCAGUAAAAAUGUCUUCACUUCAGUCUCUGGGAGAGUUGAUCAGCUAAAGCGACUAACUGCUGCUGCUGCAGAAAUCUUCUCACCAGGCUGUGGAAACUUUCUUCUCCUCCUCAACAACUUGGUGGAGUUCUUUCCAGAACCAGAGAAGAUAUUCUGCGGUCUUCGUGACAAUCGGAGCUCCAGGAUCAGGUUGUGGAUUGAAGAGGUUCCCUCUAUCAGACUCGCUCAUCUGAGUUGGUCAUGAUGCAGGAUCGCUGCUCGCUCUCUCAUCCAUCCUGCUCACACUCUCCGACGGAAAAGCCCCGAAUCUGAAUGUGACUCUGGAGGAAAAAGCGGUUAGCUCUACUCCGUGAACUCUGCUGUUAGCUAAACACGGCUAAAGAAAACCUGCUACCACUUCAGGAUCAUCCAUCAGCUGGGACUGAUUCAUCGUGUGUUCUUCACCACCUGGACCUGGACAGCAUGGACACAGAUGUUCAACAGCUGGUGCUGGUUAAAGAAGAAGAUCCUGAAGAACAGAGUGCUGGUGUGGACCAGCAGGACCCAGAACACCUCCACAUAAAGGAGGAACAGGAGGAGCUCUGGACCAGUCUGGAGGGAGAGCAUCUCUGUUUGAAGGAGGAGACUGAAGCUGUCGGGUCUCCUGUUACUGCUGUUUCUAUAAAGAGUGAGGAUGAUGAAGAGAAACCUCUGGUCUCACAGCUUCAUCAGCAGCAAAUAGAAGACAGAGAUGUUCCAACCAGCAGCUCAGCUGACCAGAUGACCGCAGAAACUGGUGGAGGAGCAGGAACUAUCAGGAACCCAGAUCUGAACCCUCAUGAACAAACAUCUGAUUCUUCAGAGACUGAAGUUAGUGGAGAUGAUGAAGAUGAUGAUGAUGAUGAUGUGAAUCUGGACUCUGGGUCUGAAACUGGAGAUGAAGAUGAUGACUGGAAUGAGAGCAGGUCUUCUGAGUCAGAUGAUUUUCAACAGAUGGUUCUGGUUAAAGAAGAAGCUUCAGAAGAACAGAGUGCUCGUGUCAACCACCAGCACCUAGAUUUUCUCCACAAAAAGGAGGAACAGGAGAAACUCUGGUCUAGUAUGGAGGGAGAGCAUCUCCAUUUGAAUAAGGAGACUGAUGCUGCCAGGUUUCAAUCCUUUAGCCAAAAAACACAUUUAAACAAACACACGAAAGUCCAGACAAAGCAGAAACAUUUUGCCUGUGAGCACUGUGGACAAAGGUUUCACCAAAAGACAAAUUUAAACAAACACAUGAGAGUCCACACAGGAGUGAAGCCUUUUGCUUGUGAGCUAUGUGGACAAAGAUUUAGCCAAAAGGCAAAUUUAAACAAACACAUGAGAGUCCACACAGGACAGAAGCCUUACGCCUGUGAGCUCUGUGUAAAAAGAUUUAGCCAAAAGACAAAUUUAAACAGUCACAUGAGAGUCCACACAGGACAGAAGCCUUUCGCCUGUGAGCUCUGUGUAAAAAGAUUUAGCCAAAAGAAAACUUUAAAUAAUCACAUGAAAGUCCACACAGGACAGAAGUCUUUCGCCUGUGAGCUCUGUGGAAAAAGAUUUAGCCAUCAGACAACUUUAAUUAAUCACAUGAAAGUCCACACAGGACAGAAGCCUUUCGCCUGUAAGCUCUGUGGACAAAGAUUUAGCCAAAAGGCAACUUUAAACAGUCACAUGAAAGUCCACACAGGACAGAAGCCUUUCGCCUGUGAGCUCUGUGUAAAAAGAUUUAGCCACAAGACAACUUUAAACCGUCACAUGAGAGUCCACACAGGAGAGAAGCCUUUUGCCUGUGAGCUCUGUGUAAAAAGAUUUAGCCGAAAGACAAAAUUAAACACACACAUGAGAGUCCACACAGGACAGAAGCAUUUUGCUUGUGAGCUCUGUGGUAAUAGAUUUAGUGAAAAGGGACAUUUAAAUACACACAUGAGUGUCCACACAGGACAGAAGCCUUUCGCCUGUGAGCUCUGUGUAAAAAGAUUUAGCCACAAGACAACUUUAAACCGUCACAUGAGAGUCCACACAGGAGAGAAGCCUUUUGCCUGUGAGCUCUGUGGACAAAGAUUUAGCCAAAAGACAACUUUAAACCGUCACAUGAGAGUCCACACAGGAGAGAAGCCUUUUGCCUGUGAGCUCUGUGUAAAAAGAUUUAGCCGAAAGUCAACUUUAAUCAGUCACAUGAGUCCACACUGGACAGAAGCCUUUCGCCACUGAGCUCUGUGU